CUCAAGGCGUUAUUUGCUCAAUGUUAAACCUAGCGCUGUCUGAGCGAACACUCGCCGAGUCUUUCAUGUUUGGUAUGAGGUUCUGAGUGUUACUAUUUCACCUUGAAUGUUACUUGUAACUCAUCUAGUGUGUUGAUUAUUUAUAACUAAUUACUAUAUAGAAGGCCGUGCCGAGUGUUGUUUCCUAACAUGUGACAUCGCAAGAAGAUUCUCCUGUGUUUACAAAAGUGUCCUAAAUUUUCUGUUAUGUUUAUCAGUAUCCUAUAAAAUAAUUGCAUUUCUGAUUGAAAUCAUGAAGUAUGGUUAUGAAAAAAUACGUGCGCGAAAUCGUACCUCGAAAAUGGUGUCUGAAAGUACGUUUCGUCUUUGUGUACUAACCUUAUCAGUCUUGUCGCCAUUCGUCGUCAUUGUUUUUGUGCUCACCAACGCGUUCGCAUCAGCUGAUACAGUCAAUGCUGCCAACUCACCAGGCCCCAGAGCCGUACCAACUUUACAACAACUAUUCAUCUUGGCGCGACAUGGGAACCGCGGACCAAUCGUUACCUUUCCCACGUUCCCGUACCAGAGCAAUAAUACCGAUGUGUGGCCUUAUGGCGAGGGGCAGCUUACCAACAGAGGCCGAGUCCAAAUGUAUAAUUUAGGAAUGAAAUUUCGCUCCUUGUAUGAUGGGUUUCUGGACGAACACUUUCGCCAAGAAGACAUGCUGGCGCAAAGCACACUGGUCGACAGGACCAUGAUGAGCGCUGCACAGUUUCUGGCGGGUCUGUAUCCUCCCAAGGGCUUCCAAGUGUGGAAUAAGGACCUCAUGUGGCAGCCAAUCCCCAUAUUCAUCACCGAAAAGGACCAUACUAUGAUGGUUCCAAUAUCCAGUUCACAAACCUGUCCUCGUUUUCGUCAACUCCAGAACGAGUCGUUAAUCAAAUAUAAGAACGAGCACGGAUCAGAUAUACUAGCUUUUCUACAGAAAGUUCAGCCCUACACAGGGAUCACCAUUGAUCCAAAGUCCCCAACAGCUGCAAUGAACCAUAUUUGGGAGUCGUUCUUCUGUGCGGAUAAUGAAGGACUGACUCUGCCCGCCUGGACGAAGUCUGUGUAUCCCGAACCUAUGAUUAGCAUCUAUGACGAGAUAUACAAGGCCUAUACUAUUGCUACGGACACAAUGAUUCGGCUUCUGCAAGGCCAGCUGUUCCAAGAGAUCAUUGGAUUCAUGGGAGCCAAGAUUAAUGGUACAUUAGAGCCAAACAGACGACUUUACUUCUACUCUGGCCACGAUAAUACCAUCAAGACAGUUUUUGGGAUGUUGGGCCUUGGAGACUUUGGAGGGAUCGCGAAAACUGGUUCUGCUCUGAUCCUGGAACUACACAGUGGUCCACAGGAAGGCCAACACCAUGUUCAGGUGCUGUACAUAGACGGCGGAUCUAAGGACUUGGAACCUUCCUUUGUCAACAUACCAGGCUGCGACUUUCCCUGUGAUUUUCAGUUGCUCUCUAAAAUGACUGAAAAAUAUUACAAUAUUACAGAUUAUGAAAGUGAAUGUCAAAUUAGUCCAUGAAUAAAAUUUUAAGUAGUACAA